AUGGCCAGAAUCGGCCGCGGAGGCUUUCUGGCUGUCGCCGUCGUCUUCCAUCUGAUCUAUCUCUACUCCAUCUUCGACAUUUACUUUGUUAGCCCGAUCGUCCAUGGCAUGAGAUCAAUUCCUCUGCAGCAAGAUCAUGCUCCGUCAAGACGGCUCAUUUUGUUUGUUGGGGACGGUUUGCGCGCUGACAAGGCCUUUCAAUCCUUUCCAGACCCUUCUCCUCCCGAUCCAGACAAUUUCGACCCUACACCGCGGCCUCUUGCUCCUUUUCUGCGAUCUCGAGUGCUUGAGCACGGUACCUUCGGCGUCUCCCAUACAAGGGUCCCUACAGAGUCGCGGCCUGGUCACGUCGCACUCAUAGCCGGUCUCUACGAAGACGUUUCUGCGGUGACGACUGGGUGGAAGCUGAACCCUGUUGAUUUCGACAGCGUUUUCAAUCGAAGUCGGCACACAUGGAGUUGGGGCAGUCCGGAUAUUCUUCCGAUGUUUAAGGAAGGGGCAGUACCAGGACGGGUUGAUGCCGAUCACUAUGCUGCAGAAUUCGAGGACUACUCGCAAGAUGCCACAUCACUGGAUACUUGGGUGUUCGACAAGGUUAAAGAUCUUUUCCAAUCUGCCAGCACAAAUGCCACCCUUGAUGCAAUGCUUCGAGAGGACAAACUUGUUUUGUUCUUGCAUCUGCUUGGCCUGGAUACGACCGGCCACUCUUACCGGCCAUACUCCAAAGAAUACCUUCACAACAUUAAGAUUGUCGACCAGGGUGUUGAGGCCAUUACGAAUUUGAUCGAGGAAUUCUACGCUGAUGGGGAAACCUCGUACGUCUUCACGGCGGACCACGGGAUGAGCGACUGGGGGAGUCAUGGAGACGGCCAUCCCGACAAUACAAGAACCCCUUUGAUCGUAUGGGGUGCCGGCGUGGCCCGUCCCCAGCUUUUCCCAGAUCAGAACGCUCCCGGCCAUGACAGCCUCUCCUCCGACUGGGGUCUUGACCAUGUUCAACGCCACGAUGUUGACCAAGCCGAUGUUGCUGCGCUCAUGGCGUACCUGGCGGGACUGGAGUUUCCAGUCAACUCUGUCGGCAAGCUACCGUUGUCGUAUCUUGCUGCAUCGACGCAGGAGAAAGCUGGUGCGUCGCUUGUGAACACCAAGCAAGUCCUUGAGAUGUACAGAGUCAAGGAGGAACAGAAGAAGGCCACCUCACUUAAUUUUCAACCGUUCCCCCCUUUUUCGCAAGCUAACGCCUCUGUGGCUGAUCGAAUUGCCGCCAUCGAAUCGGCAAUCGACAAUAACCAGCACGAGGUAGCCAUCCAGUUGUCUUCGGAACUGUUCGAUCACGCCCUCCAGGGCCUUCGGUACUUGCAAACCUAUGACUGGCUUUUUCUUCGAGCACUUAUUACCAUUGGAUAUCUCGGCUGGAUUACCUAUGCAAUCACGACCGUCAUUGACCUGCAUGUCCUCCAUGGUGCGGUACAAGAUGAGAGGACGGUUGGCACAACCAUGAUGUUCUCGUCUCUCCUGGUUGUGUUGUAUUCGUUCUUUGUCAUUGAAAAGUCGCCUGUAACAUAUUACGCCUAUGCCUUCUUCCCAGUCUUCUUCUGGGAGGAAGUGUUUGCCAGGAGAAAGGCUCUCUUUUCCGGGGUGCUGCUGUAUUUGUUCGUUAUCGAAGCUCUGGUGCAAUCAUACUUUCAUCGCAUUAUCUUCACCGUGUGUUACCUUGUUGCAGCGGUCUUUCCGGCCGCAUAUGGUGUGGAUUUCAUCAAGACAAACAAAUUAAUUGUGCUGGCAUGGGCAGCGGGCUGCCUGAUUCUGAGCACCUUUACACUUCUCCCAGUGGUCAAGGUUGAGAGUUCCAACAUGAUCACUGCAGGAGGCUCACUUAUGUUUGGCGCCGGCGUUCUCUAUCUUGCUUUUGAGCACGAUAUCACCAAGCAGUCGAAAUCGCGAGUUCAGGAAGCAGAACCCAAUUUGCUAUCUCGAGUUCUCAUGGGUCUUCAGAUCGGUAUUAUUGGGCUGACAAUCAUCGUCACACGCUCAAGUGUCGCCUCACUUCAGGCAAAGAAAGGGCUGCCUCUUGGAAACCAAGUCAUCGGUUGGCUCGUUCUGAUUGCCUCUGUUAUCCUCCCCUUCGUGCACCGGAUAGCACCCAACAAACACUACCUUCAUCGUCUCGUCAUUAUCUUCCUAACAUUCGCGCCGUCGUUUGUUCUUCUUACCAUAUCGUAUGAGGGCCUCUUCUACUUUGCCUUCUGCGCCACGCUACUCACGUGGGUACGUCUCGAGCACGCCAUCCAGCUCCAUGGGCCACCACAACCACGAGACGCUUCCUUGGACUCCAUGCCCUCCGCAAACGGCAUCACCAUAACCUCCAAAUCCCAGAAAUCCGAGAACCUCCAUCCCGAUCAGACCUUCCGCACACUUGCACUCACGGACCUCCGUCGUGCCCUUUUCUUCCUCUUCUUUCUCCAAUCCGCCUUCUUCUCCACCGGUAACAUCGCGUCGGUUUCCAGCUUCAGUCUGGAUGCCGUAUACCGCCUCAUCCCGAUCUUUGACCCCUUUUCGCAGGGUGCUCUCCUACUCUUCAAGUUGAUGGUCCCCUUUGCCAUCAUCUCGGCGGCACUGGGAAUUCUCAAUCGCAGACUCGGGCUACAGAGUUCGGCGCUGUUUAUGACGGUGAUGAGCAUUAGCGAUGUCAUGACCCUCAACUUUUUCUGGAUGGUCAAGGACGAGGGGAGCUGGCUAGACAUCGGCACCACGAUUAGUCACUUUGUGAUUGGCAGCCUGCUUUGUGUGUUUGUGGCGGGCUUGGAGGGAGUGAGCCAAGCCUUGAUUCAAGGAGUCGAGGUCGAUAGCUACGAGGACAGAACCAAGCAGAUGGGCGGAGUCCAGGUGGUGCAAGGGAGCACCGUGGCAAGAGGUGCGAAUGGGGAUUUGCACGCAAAUGGGACGGUGAAUGGAGUCGUCAAAGUGACAGAAGGGCGAGAAGGUGUGGACGAGAGGCUGGUGAUUGAUUAG